AUGUAUCGGCAAAUCGUGGCUUUAGCCGUAUUCUGCGCGGCGAAACUUGCGGCCACCGCUCCUACUUGCGAGCCCGGGCAAUGGGUCAAUCUAGCUUCGAUCCCUUCCCCGCGACAGGAGCAUGGUACUACCGCCAUCGGUAACACUACCAUUGCCAUUCUCGGUGGAAUCACCCCAAGCGGUAACGGCACCGAUACCACCGACCUUUUCCAGCUCUACGACAUCGCGACGGACACCUGGCGUACAGCAUCGCCGGCGCCUGUGAAGAUCAACCACCCCAACAUUGCUGCCGUCAACAACAAGGUCUAUCUGCUCGGUGGCCUCGUCGUGGGUCCCGUCGUGGAGGGCUUGACAAUGAACUGGGUCGCCACCAAGUCUUCCUAUGUCUACGAUGUUUCUGCGGACUCUUGGACCGAGGCUGCCCCAAUGCCCAACGGAACCGAGAGGGGAAGCUCUGUCGUUGGAGUUUACGACGACUUGAUCAUCCUCGCCGGAGGCAUGACGGUGCUCAUGACAGGCUACCAGGACGCCGUCGACAGCGUAAUCGCCUACAACACCACCUCGGACAGUUGGCAGAGACUGCCGAUGGCGGCCGCGGAGCUGCCGGAGAGCCGACAGCACUCCUCCGGCACGGUGGUGGACGACACUUUCUACGUUGUGGGCGGAAGACGCUACGGCCAGCUCAACCACCGGGAUACAGUCUUCUCUCUUGACUUGAGAAACAUGACAUCAGGAUGGCAGACUAGCCCCGGACACAUGCCCACUGCGCGAGGGGGUUUGAAUGGUGGUGCUGUGGGAUCCAAGUUCUAUGUCUUCGGCGGCGAGGGCAACGUGAACUCUGUCACCGGUGUCUUUAAUCAGUCGGAGGUUUACAAUGUUGAAACGCAGCAAUGGGCCGAGCUUGAGCUGAUGCCAACUCCUCGUCAUGGAACCCAAGCUGCCGCGGUUGGUGGUCGGGUCUACAUUCCGGGAGGAGGCCUUCAGCAAGAUGGCAAGGCAGUCACUGUGAAUGGAACCACGACCUCUCAGAACCCUACAGCUCACUUUGACGCUUACUGCGCCUAG